GCAGUACUAGGCUAUGGCAGGAGUUAACGGCAGCCAAAAAAGUAAGAAGGAGGACAAUGGAAUUGGCACGGCUAUUGACUUUGUCCUGUCCAAUGCCAGACUGGUACUGGGUGUUGGCGGGGCUGCAAUGCUGGGAAUCGCAACACUGGCAGUUAAAAGGAUGUAUGACCGGGCUAUUAGUGCGCCAGUAAGCCCCACAAAAAUUGGUCAGUCAGGGAAAAGAAGCUGGGAGGAGCCCAGCUGGGUGGGAUCCUCUCCCAGACUGCUAAACCAGGACAUGAAGUCUAACCUGAGUAGAUCCUUGCAAACACUGCCUACCAGUACAUCUGCAUUUGAUUCUGACUCGCUACCUCCACGUUUUCCAAAAGGGGAUGUUUCCAGUGUCAAGAAGAAGAAAAGUCAAGCAGAUCUCCAAAAAGCCCGUCAGCGAUUUUCUCUUCAGGACAAGCUGUUUAGCUAUUAUCGUCGGAAAGUGUCCAUUUCUGAAACCGAGCAGAACCAAGCCCGCCAGGCAGCAAUGGAUAUUUGUUCUGAAGUACGCACCUUUCUACGUGCCAAACUUCCCGAUAUGCCACUUCGUGAGAUGUUCCUGGGUGGCAGCCUAUAUGAUGAUCUGCAGGUGGUUACUGCAGACCAUGCUCAGCUUAUUUUGCCCUUGGUCCUGGAGAAGAAUCUUUGGUCACCCAUUCCAGGUGAGGAGACCAUCAUGAAUGUACCUGGCUUCUGCUUGAUCCGGCGUGAAAAUCUUGAGUACUUUCCACGUGGGAACAGUUACUGGGACCGCUGUGUCGUGGGUGGUUACCUUUCCCCUCGCACAGUGCUGGAGGCUUUUGAAAAAGUGGUUUGUGGCACCAUCAACUGGCCAGCCAUAGGCAGUGCAUUGGACUAUAUCAUCAGACCUGUGCUCCCAACAGAGAACUUGACUCUGGAAAUACAGUAUGAAGAGGACCGUAGGUUGUACGUGGAUUUCCUGCCACUGGUGGUCUUUGAUGAUAUCUUACUUAUUGCUAAGCCGCACCGAAUAACCAGGCAUGAAAACAUGUGGCGUCAAAGCUUUCGGACUGCUGAAACAACACGGCUACGCAGCCUGGAUCAGGAGGAUGGUGGCUGUCGCAGUCUAUGCCUCAAAUUGCUUAAAGCCAUCUGCAAACUCAAUCCAUCUCUUUCAAAGCUGAACGCCAGCCAGCUGACCAAUGCCAUUCUCUUAGCCAGUGAAAAGGAAAGGGACUGGUCUCAGGAAGUCCUGGCUGACCGGUUUUUGCAGCUCCUGCGAGAACUAGUUGGUUACCUGGAGGCAGGACACCUGCCUUGCAUGCUUUGCCCGAAGGUGAAUCUGUUCUCUGAGCUCACACCUGAAGAGGUGGAUGAACUUGGAUACACCCUUUACUGUUCCUUAUCCGAACCUGAAACCUUGCUGCAAACAUAACUGAAGAAGGAGGUGCCUGCAGUCUUCCACUUGUUGGAAACAAGAGUCUAAAUCUCACUAACCUGCAGAUGCCAUCACGUUUUGCUCUCUCCUACUUUUCAAAAUGCAUAUUUAAUUUUAAAUGCUUCUUGACCUUGAAGUAAGUUUGAGUCAUAGCCUUUCUUCACAGUAGAGGAGUAGAAAAAUCUCCACUUAGCUAGAUCAGGGGAUUUGGUUUUAUGAGAGCAGAAUAAUGUCAGGUUCUCCACAACACUCGGCAAAACACUGUGCAACUUCCAACCAUCUACAAAAACAUGUUAACAUUUUGCAUGGUAUUAAGUCUUUUAUGAAGAAAAAAAAAAUCAGACCUCAUAAUCAUAUCAUUGCUUGACAGCUUUGUGUAAUCAGUCAUCAAAUGCUGGUGUCAUGAUAAGCAAACUUGGUCAUGGUAAAUUGAGUUUGCAUUUUAGUUUUCUUCCCUUUAAAACUUUGAAUGCUGCUUUCUCAUUAGUCUUGUAUUUUUUUGUGUCUGUACCUUUUACAUAACCGUUUUGGUAUACAAGCAAUAUUUACUAAUCUCUGUAUCUGCUGCAGUGGGCUGGCGCCCUGCCCGGGGUUUGUUUCCUGCCUUGCGCCCUGUGUUGGCUGGGAUUGGCACCAGCAGACCCCCGUGACCCUGUAGGCAGGAUAUAGAUGGAUGGAUGUAUCUAUCUGUGUCUGUAUAUGCUCCAUUUUUCAGACGGCUCUUUGUAAUGAACUGUAUUAGUUUCACCUAAAAACUUCAUUAUACUGUCAUAUUUAGGCACUCACACAUUUUCUUGUGACUAUUCCUAGGAUGAGAUGGUAGUUGUACAGUGUGUUUGUGGAGUAAUUCCAAAACACAAUUUAGAGGUUUUUUUUUUUGUUUGUUUCUUUUUUAAAUCUACCCUGGAAGAAAGAUGCCGACAAAUCCAAAGACUGAUGCCAGCCACCCACUACUUUGCUAAUGAAUUGUGCUGACUUGUCCUCCACAUUGCAGUGUUUGUUUGUGUUUCUACAGAUAAUCACUUACCUCUUACACAAGCCAUUACACUGUAAACAUAAACACAAUAAAGCCAUGACAAAGCCGAGAGACUAGUGCAUACGAUUUUUCAAGGUGUGUGUCAUAGUUAUGUUAGAAUUUGAGAUGGCCUAAGUAGCAGUGCUUUUUAUUAAUAAUAAAAAAAAAAAAUUGGAACCUCUAAUUAGUAAAAAAAACAAAAAAAAAAACCCUGAACUGACAUUCACAACAGAUCGGUGCAUCCAUGAAGUAUGAACACUCAAGCUGCUCGUGUGUAGGGAAGGAAUACAUUCCAGUCUUUUUCAAAAAAAAAUGUAAAGGUGGCCUAAUACGCCAUAUAGCCUCAGUAUGGUGCUCUACAAGCCGGGCAUUGAAAGCAAUCCCACGUAAUCUUAUGUUUGAAGGUAACAAGCAAAAUGCAUAACAAGCAAAAUGCACUUUUCUUUGAAACAGAACAAGUAAUGUUAGUUUUAACUAAGCAUCAGGAGCUUUUCUCAAGAUUGUGUGUCCCCCCCUGUUAGGUGCAACCAAAAUGAAUUUUUCAAACAUACACCUCAAGACUUGAAUGUGGAAAAGUCCUUUAAAGACAAAUAUGUCCGCUUUUUUAAGUAUUAUUUUAUUUACUUGUUUGUAUGGCUGCUACUGUCAUUCUGACUCCUAACCCUCAACCCCCCUUUUUCCUUUUAAACCUGCAUGGCCGUAGUGUUGAGAGCCUGGGAUUCACACUGUGACCGAUUGGGCCCAGUUUGUUCAUUUCACUUUCUCUGAUAAUGCAGCCAUCCUUUUAUUAAUUUUAAUGCACCUUGAAACUCGGGGAGUCCAGUCUCUAUCUUCUGAUGUUAAUUUUUUUUAAGCAGGUGUUGGCACUUUGUAAAAGGUGAUAUAGAAAGACUAUUAUGUAGGCACCUGGUGUUGUGGGUAUUUAGUAUUGGAAUAACUAGUGGUGUGAAUGAGAAGGGCUGUCAAUGUUACCUUUUUUUUUGGGGGGUGUGUGUGUGUGUGUGUGUGUCUUACAUUUAUUGUGUGCGCCCAGUCUGGGAUUUCAGAUUGAAGUUUGAGUCAGAAAAACCUACAGCUCUUAUCCCAACAGUAUUUACUUAAAAAUCCAUUCAAGCAAGAUGUCUGAAAUGCACUGUGAAAACCAAUAAAGUUUAUUUUCUUUUUAAAAAUG